AUGAUGGAGACCACAACAGCUACACCCUUUGAUCACAUUAAUUCAACAUACGUAUCUGGUGGAAAUGGAUCCAUGUACUAUACCACUGAUAAAUACAAAGAGCUGAGACAGUUCCUGAACAUCAUGUCUCUCAUUGUUUACUCUCUGGCUUUUGUUCUCGGGGUCCUUGGAAAUGGAGUGGUCAUCUGGGUGACAGGGUUCAAGAUGAAGAAAACAAUUAACACAGUUUGGUUCCUCAACCUCGCUGUGGCCGACUUCCUCUUCACCGCUUUCCUUCCCCUGAGUAUCACAUACAUGGCGACGUCUUUUCACUGGCCUUUUGGCAAAUUCAUGUGCAAACUAAACAGCACUGUGAGCUUUCUGAACAUGUUUGCCAGUGUUUACAUGCUGAUGGUCAUCAGUGUGGACAGAUGUGUGUCUGUUGUGUGGCCAGUCUGGGCUCAGAACCACCGAAGUGUGCGGAAAGCGUCUUGUGUGAGCCUAGGUGUUUGGGUUCUGGCUCUGAUCCUCAGUGUUCCGUACUUCAUCUUCAGGGACACUGCACUGUCAUAUCACAAUAAAGACAUCAUCAACUGUUUCAAUAACUUUGCCUUUUCUGAAGACUACAAAACUCUGUCUGUGAUUCAGCUGCGUCGCUUUCGUCAUCGGGCUACGACCAUUACUCGCGUCCUUCUGGGAUUUGUGAUCCCCUUCACAGUCAUCGUCUCCUGUUACAUUGUAAUAAUCCAUCGUGUCAGGAGCAACAGCAGCCUGUCCAGUCACUCCAGUCGCCCCUUUAAGAUCAUCGCUGCUGUGAUCACCGUGUUUUUCUUGUGCUGGGCUCCGUAUCAUGUCAUGGCUCUUACUGAGAUGGUUUGUCACACGGCCUCUGAGUUCAGUGAAACAUUAUACCACAUCAUCACUAUUGGAGUACCAUUAGCCACCAGCCUCGCCUUUUUCAACAGCUGCCUCAACCCUCUGCUCUACGUGUUCAUGGGCCAGGAUUUUAAGGAUAAAGUUCGCAGAUCCAUCCUGAAUGUCUUGGAGAGUGCCUUCCAAGAAGAGGUGUCCCGGUCUUACACCUACACAAACUCAAUGGCCAUCAAUCAGAGCAAAGACAAGUCUUACUCUGAUGCUGAAGUUUAAAGCCGUUCUUCACAUGAAUAUUGUAUCUGUACAGGGCAGAUAAUUUUGACAUAAUUAUUUCAGAGUGUGGUGA